CUUUGCGGGCCUUACAGACCGAAACACAAAAUUUCAAAGGCAGUCCCAAACACAGCUGAAAUUUUAUUCGUAAGUUGUGAAGCUUUUGGUGCAAAGUUGAAAGUUAGAACUGCGGGUAUGAAUUGUUUUUAUAAAGGGUUGUGAACGUUAUGGAGGCGUGUUUCUUGCUGUGUAUUUUGAUUGAUGUUCGAUUUUCGAAAGCUCGCUAGUAUCAGUUGUAUAAAAUUGACAUUUCAUUUCGCAUUCGUAAAACUCUGGCUAAAGUUUACUCAUUUUCCAAUUCAUGUAAAUGAUUGUGACUAGUUACAUGUUGAAAUUUUUAUCUCGUAAUAAAUGUCUUAGAUGACUUAUCUUUUAUCAUGGCUUCGUCAACAAGAGGUAUACAAAUUGGGAAUGCUUGGUUUCAAAGGAAAAUGAACUUGAGGCCACAACACAGAGGAGUUCAUCUAGUUACUGAAGAAAUCCUCAGACAAAUGCCAGAGUUAUGUCAAUUCUCAGUUGGCUUAUGUCAUUUGCAAAUUUUACAUACAUCAGCAAGCUUAGCUUUGAAUGAAAGUUGGGAUCCGGAUGUUAGGGACGAUAUGGAAAUGAUGUUAAACAAAAUAGUUCCUGAGGGUUUACCCUACAGACAUUCUUGCGAAGGACCAGAUGACAUGCCUGCUCAUGUGAAAGCGUGUUUUCUCGGCUCCUCGUUAACCAUUCCAAUAACCGACGGUAAACUGAAUCUAGGUACAUGGCAGGGUAUUUGGUUAUGUGAACACCGAGACCAUGCAGGAAGUCGUAAGCUAGUUGUAACGUUAAAUGGUUGUCUUCACGACUCAACUCGUUCACCAAUUAGUCCUGUAUCACCUUUAGCUUCUACUAGUAGUUAAUGUAUGUACGUGUACAUUCCAAGUGCCAUUUCAUCGUGUAAAUAUGUAAGUUAAUUUUCCAAAAUAUAUUACUAUAUAUAUAUUUUUUACGUAAAAAAAUUAAUCGGCGUUUCGUAAACCAUUAUAAUAUUGUUUCUACUUCGUAUUUUCACCUUAUAUUUGGCACCUUUCAUUCAAGGUGUCAAUAUGAUUGUACAUAAGUUCUUGUAAUUUAUUAAGCGUUUGACUUCGAUACAACAACACUGCUUUGGAGAUGAGACUCGAUAAUAAUGGAGAGAAAUCGAAUACCUAGUCAAGUAAUGCGUUCAGUUAUAUACCUAGAUUGUUUUUAUUUAAAAACCAACGCGGAAUAUUUUUGGUGUUAGGUUUUUAAGCAUUUUAUUGUUAUUUCUUAUUAAUGUAAUCACGUUGCAGUAAUCUCAUUUUUGGCGAGUACUCGUACUUAUCAUCUUAAUUUAUCAAUAUGAAUGUACAACAUACUAUUUAGGAUAGAUAAAAAGGUUUCUAAUUACCAAGCAGAGAUUGUACCGAAAAAAUUUUAUCGCGAUAUACUUAAUUAAAGAGUCGAGUGAUCGAGGCAUUAUCAUCUUGCUAAUUUGAAUCUUUUAUGCACAGAUUACACGAAAAUGUAUCUUUUAAAAAAAAAAAAUCAAACUAGUUGUAACUUAUAUACUUUGACGAAUUGGUCAUUUAUUCGGAUUUCAGAUUAAUAUAAGAAUUAUUUUUUAAUUACGAUACUUAUGUUUGAAAUUUGUUUUCGAAUGAAAAUCUUGUUCACAUUUGCCAGUCCAAGUCUUGAUUGUUGAACUUUCGAUAAUUUCUGAAGAUAGAAAUGAAUUUUGAAGAUUAUAAAAAAAAAAUAAUGGCGUGGGUUGUUUUAAAAAUAGAUUGAAUUGGUAUUCGAAGUUAUUUGGUCGAAUGAAUUUUGCUUUUGAAAGUAUGUAUUGAUUCGUUGUGUGAUAUUUAUUUAAACGUCUAUUCACUUUUCAUUUUCAAUCAAUAUGUUUGAAAUACUGCAGCAGCUUUUUUAUCCCUAAUCAAACAUUACGUUGAAUUAUUGCGAAGUGAUGAUCGUUUAUUUUAUUCCCUCCCAGUUUACGGUGAUCCAAUUCGUCAGUGGUUAAUUUACCAAUGUGUAAGAUUACCUAUAUUUUACAGGCGAUUUUUGUCACUCUUUUUUUCACCUAAAUGUACUGAGCUUAAAUGGCUAUUCAUUUUAUGUACAGGGCAUGUCCUUGAAUUUAUUAAAGCCCGAGUUUGAAUAGUUAUUUGAAAAAAAGCUAUGAUUUUAUUCUUAAUAUACUUGACUCCCUGUCACCUUAUAAUAUGUAAUAUUUUAACUAUGCCGUACACAAAUUACAGUGUUAAUUCACCUUUUUGCUACGUUAAAAAUAAAUAAAUUCGAGAUUAGUACUCGUGUUUAUAAGGGAGGCAGGUUUUUUUUCUUUUUCGUAAAACAAAAAUAAUAUUUUUCACGUGAUUUUCGCCUUGCUUCGAACUCUUCUUAUAUUUUUAAUGUUUCAAUACCGCCGAAUAAAACCAUUCAAAUAAGAAGAAGUCUCUUUUCUUUUACUGACCUAUAAUUGACCUGUUUUCUAAUGCAUCUAACGUACGAAAAAUUCGUGCCCAGCCUGGGAAUCGAACCCAGGCCCUCCGGAUUGCCGGUCCAGCGUGCAUUCCUGGCCUAAAAGUAAUUUCCUUGCAGGUUGCCUACCUGUACUUAGUAGAAUAAAACCAUAAUUGUUCGAUAAUUUCUGCAAAUUAAUAAUCGAAACACAUUUACAUGUAGGUAUUAUCAUGAGGCUACAUUAUUGCAGAAAAUUGUUUCUCCUGAAGUACUUAGUCCUUGUAAAAGAUCACGGGAAUGGGAAAUAAUAACAUCAACUCUAUGUAAUUAUUAAUAAGGUUUUUUUUUAGUUACCUACCAACAUACGGUUUAUAUUUAUGUAGGUACCUAUCUAUUAGUUGAUGGUUGUUGUUUAAUGAACCGAUGAUUUUUUUUUUUUUGAUCGAUACGAUGAAUAUUAUGCCAAUAAGCUCAAUACAUAGUGUUGAAAAUUUUCAAAUUAUUUAUAUUAUAAUAAUAAUAACGUAUUGUAUUUACUUUCUUCUUUUAGUUGUGAUAAUUUUCCAUCAAACUGUAUGGUGUAAUCGUAUUUUAACGAUGAAAAUUGUUCGGAACUGUGUUCCAUUCUUGUAUAAGAAUUUUAAACAAUAAUUUAUUAUUAUUGUUAUUUCGUGCUAUUUCCUAUAUAUUUUUUUUUUUCAGAUUUUAUUUUAAUUCGCAUCGUGACUCUUAUAUGUGUACUUAUUUGUAAAGAAGUGAAUUGUAUAAUGUAUAUUUGUUUAUGCAAUUUGACUCUGAUUACACUUAUUAUUUUGAUUUUAUGUACAUAUUGUUAUUUAUUUAAUUAUUGAAUAAAGCAAAAGGGAUCAA